AUGAUUAACAGUGAAAACCAUUUGCACAAAUUGGAAAGUGGAACAGUUGCGGAAAGUUUUUCCUACAACCACUCCUUCCUCGCACUUGUCGGAAUUAUCAUUUUCUCGAAGAAUAUCGCUUUUCUUUAUUCUUAUGUUAUAUCGGAUGAUAAAGUGAUUCAGUACAAUAAUACUAUUCAAAAUAGACAAUGGUUGUCUUUUGAAUGA